UAUCAGUAUAAAAUGGCUACUAGCCGGUCCAAAAUCUGCGAGUUUGAUCAGUGUUGUUGUGAGAGUUCUGCUUUCUUCUCGAUUUUAUCACCCAAAUCCAAACUAUUAGAAACUAAUCAACUAUGGGCAGAAAGUUUUUCGUCGGCGGCAACUGGAAAUGCAAUGGAACAACUGAGGAGGUUAAGAAGAUUGUGACCACUUUGAAUGAAGCUGAGGUUCCUUCUGACGACGUUGUUGAGGUUGUCCUGAGCCCUCCAUUUGUAUUUCUUCCUUUGGUCAAAAGUUUAUUGAGACCCGACUUCCAGGUUGCAGCACAAAACUGUUGGGUUCGCAAAGGUGGUGCCUUUACUGGGGAGGUUAGUGCUGAGAUGCUCUUGAAUUUGUCCAUUCCUUGGGUCAUUCUUGGACAUUCUGAACGUAGAGCUCUUUUAAAUGAGUCAAAUGAGUUUGUCGCUGAUAAGGUUGCAUAUGCGCUUUCUCAAGGUUUGAAAGUGAUCGCUUGUAUUGGUGAGACACUCGAGCAAAGAGAAUCAGGAUCUACAAUGGCUGUUGUUGCUGCACAAACAAAAGCAAUUGCAGAUAAAAUAUCAAACUGGGAUAAUGUUGUUUUGGCUUAUGAGCCAGUUUGGGCCAUUGGUACAGGAAAGGUUGCAACACCUGCUCAGGCUCAAGAGGUUCAUUUUGAAUUGAGGAAAUGGCUUCAUGACAAUGUUAGUUCAGAAGUUGCAGCAUCUACUAGAAUCAUUUAUGGAGGUUCUGUAAAUGGAGCAAACUGCAAAGAGUUGGCAGGACAACCAGACCUUGAUGGAUUUUUGGUUGGCGGAGCUUCUCUGAAGCCGGAGUUUGUCAACAUCAUCAAGUCUGCGGCUGUCAAGAAGAGUGCUUGAGUUAUACAACAGCUUUCUUUAUAUGAAUGCCAUUUUGUAACUGGGGCAAAUUGUUUUCUGUCCCAGGAGCGGUCAGUAACCCUAGCAAUAAGGAUAAGAAUUUGAAUCUUUUGCUGUUGGAUUUUAUCCUGAAUUCCUGUCCUGAGAGUUUAUUGAGCAUAGAAGUUGAAGUUUGGUUUUAUUUGUCGCUUAUGUUAGUUUGAAACUCAAUAAAGCUCUAAAUUAUCAUCA